GUGGAAGAAGACGCGGCGAAGCUCUGUUGUUAAAUUUUUACGUGAUAGUGACAAAUUUGAAACGUUAUGAACUAAAAGUCAAAUCUCAAGUGUGUUGAUUGUGAUCUUGUCAAACUGUGUUUAUGUGAUAAAUUCAAGUAUUUGUUUGGGAUUAUAAACGGCAGCGCAACUUCGUCCUAAAAGUUGGCCUCGUGCAUUAUGAGACUAGAUCGCAUACCACUGUGCAAUAUCGAACCAACAUGACUCAAAGGGAUGAAGUGCAGAAGUUCGAGCAGGGACGAAUACGUUUCCUGCAGGAAGAACGUCUGCACAUACAAAAGAAGACGUUUACGAAAUGGAUGAACUCAUUUCUUCAGAAGGUUCGGAUGGAGGUGGACGAUUUGUUCGUAGAUUUAGCAGAUGGAAAAAAAUUACUAAAACUCUUGGAAAUCAUAUCCGGUGAAAAAUUGGCAAAACCAAACAAUGGCAAAAUGCGGGUACACAAGAUCGAGAACGUUAAUAAAAGCCUGGCGUUCUUACACACAAAAGUUCGACUGGAAAGUAUAGGCGCAGAAGAUAUCGUCGACGGAAAUCCGCGCCUUAUUUUAGGUCUUAUCUGGACGAUCAUUCUUAGGUUUCAAAUUCAAGAAAUCGAAAUCGACGUGGACGAAGAAAAUGAAAGUUCUGAAAAGAAAUCUGCCAAAGACGCUCUUCUCUUGUGGGCCCAACGAAAAACUCACGGUUAUCCUGGUGUUGAAAUCCGCGACUUUUCGUCGUCAUGGCGAACGGGGUUAGGUUUCAACGCUUUAAUCCAUGCCCACAGGCCUGAUUUGUUCGACUACAAUCCAUUACUUCAUAAUCGUAACAUAGAUAACUUAAAUCAUGCCUUUGAUGUUGCCAAUAACGAAUUGGGGAUUCCACGGCUUUUGGACGCUGAAGAUAUUGAUAAUACUAGACCAGAUGAAAAGAGUAUUAUGACCUACGUUGCUUCCUACUACCACACAUUCGCACGAAUGAAGAACGAAGAGAAAUCAGGAAGGCGUAUUGCAAAGAUCAUCAAGCAGAUGGUUGACGCCGAUAAAAUGAAGUCGAACUAUGAUAGGCUUACGACAGACUUGCUCGACUGGAUUAAUAGCACCAUCGUGAAAUUAGAAGAUCGAAAUUUCCCUAAUUCCUUGGAAGGCAUCCAAAGUCUUCUCAUACACUUUGCACGUUACCGAACGCAAGAAAAACCCCCAAAGUACAAAGAACGAAGCGAAAUAGAGGCUCUAUUUUUCAAUAUAAACACACAACUUAAGGAACUGAGACAACCUGCUUUCAACCCUGCCGAUGGUAAACUGGUUCAAGAUAUAGAACGAGCGUGGGAGACUCUAGAAAGGGCUGAACAUAGUCGCGAAGUCGCUCUUCGUAGCGAACUGCGACGACAAGAACGUCUGGAACAACUUUUCUACAAAUUCGAACGUAAAAGUGUCCUUCGGGAGGGUUACGUUAGAGAGAUGAUCCAGGUUCUUUCGGACCCACGCUACGGCUCGAAUCUGGCACAAGUAGAUGCUACAGUAAAGAAACACGAAGCUAUCAGUGCUGAUAUUCUGGCUAGACAAGAUCGCGUCAAUGAUUUGACCCAAAUGUGUGACGAACUGGUUAACGAAAAUUACCGAAAUUCAGAUCGUGUUAUCAAAAGGGAAGCCGAAAUACAGAAGAACUGGAAAGAGCUACUGGGUUUGUUGGAAAAACAUAAGUUUAAUCUGAACAGAAUGGUCAGUAUCAUGGCACUAUUGAGAGAAAUCGACACAGCGUUAGCUAGCAUGCAACAAUUGAAAGCUGACCUGUCUACUGCGGACACGGGAAUCCACUUGGUGGCCGUUGAAGAGUUGCUACAUAGACAUGCACUGCAAGAACUACAGGUGAGUUCUUUGGGUGAAACGGAAAGACGACUACAUCGACUGGGUGAGAACACCACCGUGCAAAAUCCGAAAGAACAGGAACUUCUUACGAAGAAAUUGAAUGAACUGUCCGCAACAUACAAGGACUUACAGGAUGCCAGUGCACGACGUAAAGUGCUUCUAGAAGAAGCAAGAAACUUUUACCAAUUUCUAGAAGAUCAAGAAGAUGAAGAGUCGUGGUUGAUCGAAAAACAAAGGAUAUGUCAAGCUGGAAUCACCGCGAAAGACUUACGAGGAGUACUAUCUUUACAACAAAAACACAAAGUACUAAUAGACGAGAUUAAAGCUCGCAGGAACAAAUUCGACCAAUUAACUGCUACUGCGAAACAAUUACUCGCGGAUAAGCAUCCCAGGUCGGGCGAAAUCCAACAACACAUGCAUAGGAAUAGACAAGCCUGGGACGACUUAGACAGACUAGUCAAUGAGAGAACAAAACAGUUGCAAGAUGCAGCUGAAGCUUACCAAUUUUACGCAGACGCCAAUGAAGCAGAUUCUUGGCUAAAUGAAAAAACCUCGAUUUUAAAUUCUAGUGAUUACGGUACUGACGAACCAAGUGCGCAAGCUCUUCUUCAGCGACACAAAGACCUAGAAGGCGAAUUAAACGCCUACAAAGGAGACAUUCAGAGUCUGAAUGCACAAGCUGAUCGUUUAAUCGCUUCAGGAAUUUCUAAUCUUGACCUAACUGCAGAAGUACAAGUUGCAGAACCUACCGAGGACGUCGUGUAUGAAACCAGGUUGAUUCCAACCGAAGUAUGGGUAGACGAACCCGUCGAAAAAAUAGAGUACAAAGUAGUAGUCGAAGAGAAAAAAGUACCUCAAGUCAAAGCUCUUUAUGCCUUCAAUGAUCACGGUUUGAACAUGAUCAAAGGCGAGGUUAUGUACUUAUUGAACAAGAGUAACCCUGAUUGGUGGUGUGUGCGGAAAGCUGAUGGUACGGAUGGGUUUGCUCCAGCGAGGUACGUUACAGAAAUCGAACCUCGCCUCCUCCAGAUGCAGUACAAAAAGCCUGAAACUAUCAAAACUGUACAAAGAGUGAAGAAAACGAAAAUGAUUAGUCAAAAAGUGCCAGUUAAGGUUUUCAGACCCAGAAAACCGGCUAAAAGGAGAGUGGAUGAUAAUGAUAGCGUCCCCAAAAGACAAAAGAAGAUCAAUGAUACGUACCAACACCUAUUGGACCUAGCUGCCAAAAGACGUGCUCUUCUGGAAGACGCUGUUAAAUUGUUCCGGUUUUAUAAAGAGUGUGACGAUUUUGAGAAAUGGAUUAAAGACAAAGAGAAGUUGUUGGCUGUUGACGAUCCUAACGAUAAUGUUGAACAAGCGAAGCGUAAAUACGAGAAAUUCGUCACAGAUCUUUCCGCUAGCAAUAAACGCAUGGAUGAACUUAACGAUGACGUGAAAGAGUUCGAGAAGGCCAAACAUUCUCAAAUUGACAAAAUCCGAGCGAGACACCGACAAGUGCAAGCUGCUUGGCAGCAUCUUAACCAACUGAAAGCUCAAAAAGAGAAAAGUUUGGAAGGAGCCAGCAGUGUCGAACUUUUCCAAAAAACUUGCGACGAAGCUAGAGACUGGAUGUUGGAAAAGAUGACCCAACUUGACUCUCAUGUUUUGGGUCACGAUUUGAAAACAGUACAAGCGUUACAAAGAAGACACGAUAAUCUAGAACGAGAGCUUGCACCUCUUGAAGAGAAAGUAAACAAAGUAAUGCUUUUGGCCAACUCCGUCAAGUCUUCUUACCCCAACGAACGUCAAAAUGUAGCACGCAGACAAGACGAAAUAGAAGACUUAUGGCGUCAAGUUAAAGAUAAAGCUAGUGAACGCAGAGCUCGACUAGAAGAUGCAGUCGGUCAGCAGAUAUUUACCAAUUCUUGUAAAGAUCUCUUGCAUUGGGUUGCUGACGUCAAAGAUCAACUGAACGCAGAAAAUAUGGUGAGAGAUGUCCAAACAGCUCAAGCACUUUUGAAAAGCCACAAAGAUUUGGGAGAAGAGAUCAGAGCAAAGGAUGAUGAGUUCAAAGAGUUGACAAAUUUGGGAAAGAAGCUUUUGAAAUCGAAUCCAGGUCUUUCAGAAGUGGCUGAACGCAUCGAAAGACUACAAGCUGAACAAGAAGCUUUGGGUCGCGGUUGGAAAGAAAAACAACGUUGGUUAGAACAGUGCUUACAGUUGCAGUUGUUUAAUAGAGAAGCCGAUAACAUAGAUGCAGCCACUUCAGCUCAUCAAGCUUUCUUGGAAUUUUCUGAUCUAGGGAACUCUCUUGACGAAGUCGAAGCUUUGCAAAAACAACAUAGAGCUUUUGCUAACACUUUGUUUGCGCAAGACGACCGUGUGAUUGCUUUUAGCAAGAAAGCAGACGCUUUGAUUGCCGAACAACACUAUGAUAGUCAAGGUAUCGACGACAAACGCAAUGAAGUCAUUCAAAGACGUCAAGCCGUCAAGGACAUAUGCCAACAAAGAACCAACGCGCUAGAUGCGUCUAAAAACUACCAAGAGUUUUGCGCCGAAGUUCACGAUUUGCGAAGUUGGCUGAACGAGAAGUUGAAGACUGCGUCGGAUGAGAGUUACCGCGAUUUGAGUAAUCUUGAACGGAAGCUACAAAAACACGAAGCGUUUGAACGUGAACUCAGAGCGAAUGAGGGUCAGUUGAGAACCGUGAACAAACUCGGGCAAGCCCUGAUUGCGCAAGACAGUUACCGUAAAGCUGAUGUUGCUAAGACUUUGAAAGAAUUAAACGACGAAUGGCAGCAACUAGUCGGAAUUUCUCUCGAGAAAGGUAGAAGAUUGAGACAAGCUGUAGCCCAGCAUGACUACAACAACUCCAUCGACGACAUCCAAACUAGAUUGGACGAGAUUAACGAAAAUUUGAGCAGUGACUAUGUUGGAGGUGACCUAAGAUCUUGUCGCGAGCUUUUGAAAAGACAAGAUAUUCUUGAUAGUGAACUUGCACUCUGUGCAGGAAGGGUGGAUGAUCUAGUCAAUAAAAGUAACGAUAUGAUGCAUGAUGGUCAUUUUGAUGCCGACGCUAUUCGUCAGAAGGCCUUAGAUGGUCAGAAGAGGCUCAAAGAUCUAGAGGAGCCAUCACGAAAGAGAAGAGAAGCGCUAGAUGAAGGUCUGAAGUUCUACAAAUUUGGUUUUGAACUAGACACGGAAUUGCAGUGGAUUAAAGAACAUCUUCCACUGGCUUCGUCUGAAACGCUCGGUCAAAAUCUUCACCAAGCCCAAAACUUUUUCAAGAAACAUAAAAAAUUGGAGGCUGAAAUAGCAGGUCAUCAACCUGUCAUUGACAAGACACUGCAAAACGGACAAAAUUUGGUGGAUUUAGACCAUCCUCAAAGUGUCAGAAUUCAAGAAUUAUGUGCCACCCUGAAAGAUGCUUGGGACGAAUUGAACACCAAAGCGGCCGAACGUGCACUGAAACUAGAAUUGUCUUUGAAAGCUCAACAGUUCUUCUUUGAAGCGAACGAAGUGGAGUCUUGGUUGAACGAAAAAGCUGAUAUUUUAGCGAGUACUGACUACGGGAGAGACAGAGAUGCUGCCACCAAACUGCUAACAAAGCAUAAAGCUCUUGAACUAGAAUUGGAUACAUAUAACAACAUCAUUGUCGAAAUGGGUCGUGGGGCUCAAGCUCUCAUACAAAACAAGCACCCAGAUUCAAAAUUGAUUGCGGAAAGACAAGCCAGUCUUGAACAUCUGGUAAGAUCUUUGCAACGAAAAGCGGUUCUAAGGCAACAUCACCUCAUGGAAUCGCUAUUCCGUCACGAGUACUUUUUGGAAUCGGAAGAGCUUGAGAGGUGGAUUGCUGAAAAUCUGCAACAUGCGUCGUCUGAAGAUUACGGACAAGAUUACGAACACUUAUUGGUGUUGCAAGGAAAAUUCGAUGAUUUGAAACAUCGGAUUGAAGCAGGCGCUGAACGAUUCCGACAGUGUGAAGAUUUAGCUCAGAAACUAAUAGCGAAUGAAAGUUCUUAUAUUUCUGACAUACAAAAGAAACAACUGCAACUAGAGACCCUUACCCCGUCACAAGCUGUUGAAGACGUUAAAGAAAGGCACGACGUCACACGGAAAUCAUGGGACAAAUUACAUGACCAAAUGAAGAACCGCGAGAAGCGCCUCCUAGCGGCAGGCGAGAUCCACCGCUUCCACCGAGACGUGGCCGAAGCCUUGCACCGAAUCCACGAGAAGAGCGCAGCUUUGGGCACCGAUUUAGGUCGUGACCUAAACUCAGCUUUAACUUUGUUACGAAAACACGAAGCUUUUGAAAACGAAUUAGUAGCUCUAGAGGCUCAACUGCAAGUGCUCGUAGAAGACGCGUCCAAAUUGCAGAAGGUCUAUCCCAGUAAUCAAACCAACAUCCAGCAACAACAACAGCUUGUUGUUGAAGCUUGGAAUGGUUUGAAAGAACGAACUGAACUGAGACACGACCAGCUUCAAGCUAGUGUUGACUUACAGAAAUUCUUGGCUCAGGUUAGAGACUUGACAAACUGGGCGACCGCCUUAAGAUUGGACAUGAAAGCUGAAGAAAACGUCCGCAGCGUGCAAAGAGUGCAAGUUUUGAGAUCAGAACACGAAGCACUGAAGAAUGAGAUUGAAGCUAGAGAAGGAGAUUUUAGAGACGUUGCGGAUAAUCUUGCUGCUAUGGAACAGACAGGGCAUUAUGCUGCCGCUGAAGCGGCAGACCGCUAUAGGAAUCUUCUACAGGAACGAGAAAACCUGCACACAGAGUGGCAGUUGAAGAAAGUUCAUUUGGAUCAGUUGUGCGAUUUGCACAUGUUGCUAAGGGAAGCUAAAUUGAUUGAGAAUGCGACAAAUGCGCAAGAAGCGGCUUUGAGUAAUAUGGAUUUCGGAGAAACCGUAGAUGAGGUUGUGAAACAAGUGAAGAAAUAUGAAGAAUUCGAACGAUUGAUAGCACAACAAGAUGAAAAACUGGACGUUCUGAUUAACACGGGUAAUAAAUUGAUCGCUCAGCAACAUUUCGAUAGUGAGCGCAUUUCGCAACGUUUGAAAGAAGUAGCAGGCAAGAGACACAACGUCCAUCAGUUGUGUGCCCACAGAAAACAACUUCUAGGAGACGCCCUUCUGUACGCCGAAUUUAACAGAGACGUGAGCGAAGCUCAAACUUGGAUAGCCGAAAAACAGAAGAAUUUGGAAACACAAGUGAAGACUGGCGAAGUGACUAGUCUAGAAGAUAAAAUCAAAGAGUUGCAAAAGCAUCAAGCUUUCCAAGCCGAAAUCGCCGCCAACGAAGGCAAAAUCAAAGAAGUCAAGUCGAAGGGAGAGACACUACUUAGAAAGAACCACAAAGCGUCUAAAGACAUCCAGACGCAAUUGAAGAACCUCGACGAUGCCUGGAAGCAACUGUUGCGCGAAGUAAACUCCCGUGGAAAGGGUCUUGAAGAGGCACAAGACAUUCUAGAAUUCAAUAACCAACUCGACAAGAUCGAAUCCUGGAUCAGAGACAAAGAGGUCAUGAUUUUAGCCGGUGAUGUAGGAAAAGACUACGAACAUUGUCAAGCUUUGCAGAGGAAACUAGACGACGUUGAUAGCGACAUGCGCAUUGAUGAUACCCGAAUCAGAAACAUCAACUCUCUAGCUGACAAACUCGCAACUCAAGGUCACCCAGGAGUGCAAGAAAGACGCGACAACUUCGUCAGAAAGUGGCACGAUUUGCAAGGAGCUUUAGCCAACUAUCGCGACCAACUGGCUGCGGCUUCUGAAAUUCAUUUGUUCGAUCGGGACGUCGCCGAUACUGCUGAAAGAAUCACCGAGAAACGUCUAGCCAUGGAGACUGACGACGUCGGACGCGAUCUGGCGGCUGUGGAAGUUCUCACAAGAAAGCAAGACGCUUUGGAGAGCGAGAUGACCGCCGUGGAUAACAAAUUGCAAGACCACGGCAAGGACGCCGUACUACUGAGUAACAAAUAUCCUCAUUCCGUCAACCACCUCCAAGCCAAAAUGGAUGAGUUGCAAGACGAGUGGGAGAAGCUUCUAACGGCAAGAGAAGCUAGAAGAAGCAAUCUAAAAGGAUCGCACGCCCGCCACAAGUUCUUGUCGGAUGUUAAAGACCUAGAGGUGUGGGUUAUUGACACCAUCAAAAGAAUGGAAGCGCACCAAAAACCAAACAAUGUUAAUGAUGCCGAAACUCUUCUAGCUCUUCACGACGAGUUGAAAGCCGAGAUUAACGGACGCAACGAGACCUUCGCUAAGUUGAUCAGUUUCGGUCGGAGUUUCUCGGAGAGUGAUGAUCCCGAUAUCAUCGAAGGGGUGAGUCGACUCGAGGACUUGCAAGAAAACAUCCAACAAGUGUGGGAGCAAUACAGAGACGCGUUAACCUACGAAUACGAUCUUCAAGAUUUCAAGGAACAGGCGAAUCAAUUGAACAACUGGUUGGCAGCGAAGGAAGCGUUUUUGAAUAAUGAUGACGUUGGUGAUACUCCUCGUGCGGUAGAAGCGUUGAUCAGAAAACACGAAGACUUUGAAACCAUGUUAACCCAGCAGCUGACACGCAUCGACGAACUAUCACAGAAGAAAGUCGGCGAUAAAAUCCCUUCAGAUCCUCACUAUCCGAAUAGUGAGGUGGCCACUCGAUUGAAUGAAAUAAUCGCCCGGAAGGACCGGCUUCUGGAUAAAGCCGCCGAACGCAAGAAAAUCCUGAACGAAUCACGGGCGUUCCAGAGGUUCUUGAAGAACGAAUAUGACGUUGAAGUCUGGUUGAACCAGAAACUCCAAAUUGCUAGUGAUGAAAAUUAUCGCGAACCGUACAACUUGCAGAGCAAAAUUCAGAAACAUGCUACUUUUGAAGCUGAAAUAUUCGCCAACCACGAACGGGUCAAUAGCGUGAUUGAAGAAGGGCGUGAUUUGAUCGAAAAUAAUCACUAUGCAGCUAAAGACAUCAUCAUCCGAAUCGAAGACUUGGAAAAUUGCUGGAAGCAGGUUCUCGAGAAAUCGCAACUGAAACGAGAUCGUUUGAACGAAGCAUAUCAAGCUCUGCUCUUCAACCGGUCACUCGAAGAGUUUGAGGCAUGGCUGUCCGAAGUGGAAUCGCAGUUGAAUUCGACCGAUACAGGCAAAGAUUUAGCGUCGGUGAAUAACUUCCUGAAAAAACACACUGCUUUGGAGAAUGAUAUUCACCAACAUUCAGAAAACUGUGAAAGUAUUAAUGAUGCGGCUGAUCAGUUCGUGAAGAACGACCAUUUCAUGAGUGAAGAGAUUCAGCAGAGGGCGCACGACGCAAUCACCAGGUACCACCAACUGAAGGAACCUCUUCAGCAGAAGCGAGAUUUGUUGGAGGGUUCGAUGAUGUUGCAGCAGUUCACUAGGGACGUAGAUGAUGAAUUGCAGUGGUUGGUUGACAGAGAACCUCUAGCUGCUUCUACUGAUUUAGGAACAAGUUUGACGACAGUACAAAGUUUGCAUAAGAAGCAUCAAGCCCUCGAAGCUGAGUUGUCAUCAAGGGAACCAAUCAUUGGAUCGCUGCUGUCCAGAGCAACUCACCUUACUCGAUCAGGACAUAGCUCGGCACCGUUCAUCAACAAAAAAUCGAAAGAGUUGCAACAGAAAUUCGCACAGGUUAGAGACUUGGCGAGUCUGAGGAGGCUUCGAUUACAAGAUGCUUUGGAAGUACAAACGUAUUAUGAAGAGGCUGCAGAAGCCGAAGCUUGGAUACGCGAUAAGCGACCACUUCUGGCUACCAAAGAAGUUGGUAAGGAUGAAGAUUCCGCCGAGUCAUUGAAACGUAAACUAGAAGCUGUAACACUGGAAGUGAAAGCAUUUGAGGUUACCAUCAACAAGUUAAGGCAGACCGCCGAGGAGUUGAUAGAGCGGCAGCAUUACGACGCCAGAAACAUUGACACAAAGAAGAACCAGUUAGACGACCAAUUCAAAGAACUCCGAAAACUCGUGUCCGAACGUGAGGUACGCCUAUCCGAAGCCCUCCAAUACUUCGCUUUCGUCCGCGAAUGCGUAGAUGUCCAGGAAUGGAUGAAAGACCAAAUCCAGAAAACCGACUCAGAAGAAUACGGAAACGACGUCGAGCAUGUCGAACUGUUAAUCCAAGCCUUUGACACUUUCCACGCCAGUUUAAUGAGCAGCGAGCCCCGAAUCCAUUCUUGCAUCCAGAACGGUAAUCUUCUGAUUGAUGCUAAGAGCAGCCAUAGUUCUGAAGUCCAACAAAGAGUGUCUGAAGUCCGCGAUCACUGGAAUGAUCUUCUCGAACUUGCCAAUGCGCGUAAAGACGCGCUAGCUGGAGCUAAGCAAGUCCACGUUUUUGAUAGAACAGCUGAAGAGAUCAUUUCGUGGAUUCAAGAGAAGCAUGGGGACUUGCAGUAUGACACGUACGGGCAAGACUUGGAAAUUAUACAAGAUCAGCUUAGGAAUCAUCAAGGUUUAGAGAAUGAGAUGAAAGCGAUAAGAGAAAAGGUCGAAUAUGUGGAACAAGAAGGAGAGAAGUUGAUUAAUGAAUUCCCCGAUACGAAGGAGCACAUUGAUGAUAAGUGUGAAGACAUGUUGAGUGCGUGGGGAGGAUUGCAAACCGAUGCCGCAACAAGGAAAAAUCAUCUUCAACAAGCCGAACAACUACAAGCGUACUUCGAUAACUAUCAAGACUUAUUGGCAUGGAUUAACGAAAUGUUGGCCAAGAUCACCGCGCCAGAUCUACCAAGUGAUUGUAAUGAAGCAGAACUUUUGAUAGAAAGACACAAAGAGCAUCAAGUUGAAAUCAAAGCCAAGUCGAAUAUGUUCAAACAAUUUUAUGAUUCAGGCAACAAGUUUAUAGCAGAAGAACACUUGUUUGCGACCGAUAUCGCCGAGAAAAUAAAAAUUUUGCGACAGAGGCUGGAUUUAUUAAAUAACGUUUGGGAAAAACGGAGUAUUUUGUAUGAUCACAAUUUGGAUGUACAACUAUUUAAACGCGAAGCUACUACUUUGGAAACUUGGUUGGUCGUUAGAGAAGGAACCUUGAAAGAUGGAACGGUUGGCGACAACAUUUCUCAUGUGGAAGAACUUAUACGUAAACACCGUGACUUUGAAGAAGCUAUCAAAGCACAAGAAGACAAGUUCGAGGGACUUAAACGAAAAACUUUGAUCGAAGACGCAUUCCUUCUCCAACGCGAACAAGAAGCCCUAGCCCGAAAGGCUGAGAAAGAACGUCUUGAACAAGAACGACUGGAACAACGCAAACGCUUCGAAAUCCAAAAAAUCAACGAAAAGCGGCGUCAAGAAAUGCCACGCCAAAUCGAAGUCCCCCAAAUCCAAAUGAACGGAACCAAACAAGAAGAAGUUACGAAAGAAGAACGUCCCAUUCCCACAGUCCGUAAAACAAACUCAGUCGUACAAACGUUCGAACGAGAGAGAGAUCGCAGUGGUUUGAGAAGAGGGUCAGAUAGUUCGGUACAACGUUCAGCUAGUAUGAAGGUUGGUACCCCCGGAACGGUUAACAAACCAAAACGAACACCCACUUUUACGACGAGGAGACGCGGAUCAUUUAAAGCGAAAGCCAAUGAUGUGAUGCCCCCAGCCGAUGCACAGUCAAUGUUGGAACGAAAACAGUUGGCAACAGCCGGUGCCAAGCGGGCGUCUAACAGAGGGUGGAAGACUUCGUAUACAGUUUUGUGUGGACAGUUGUUGUGUUUCUUUAAGGGUAAAGAAGAUUUCGCGGCGAGCAAGGCCAGUGGUCCACCAGUUAACAUUCACAACGCACUGUGUACAGUGGCUGAUGAUUACCAAAAGAAAAAGCAUACGUUCCGAUUGGCCAUUACCGACGGGUCAGAAUUCUUAUUCGCGUGUAAUACGGAGGUGGAAAUGGACGAUUGGAUCCAGAAAAUUAAUUUUAGGGCGAAACUACCGCCAAGUCAACAAUUGUUACAUUUGGAAAUUCCGAAGGACCAAAAUGAAUUCGAGAUGAGUUCCCAAAGUAGCAGGACCUCUAGUCCGGACGUUUCCGAGCAGGUCGUUCUACGACACGAUCCCCAAAACCAGAAUGGUAGUUUGUCAAACAUAUCAUCAACCCGCCAUACUAUGGGGGAAAGUCCACCACCUUUACCGAUGAGUGAACCGCCAAUUAAUUAUGCCGGACAUCGUCCAUAUACCUUAGAAACCAGUGGAUCUAUUUAUGAUGCCGGCGGUAUGUCGUCGAAGCAAGAGUGGCAACAUCCUGCGCAACGUCCAGCCAGCAUGCAGCCUAAUAAUGAUGCACCAAAGUCCCGUUUGUUCGAAAGAAUUUUCAAAAAGAAGCGAAACACAUCCCAAAUGUAACUAAGAUUUCGUACAUCCAUAGCAUAGUACCUUGUAGUAUUAUAUUUACAUGAUUGUUUUCUUUUGUACAUAGAUUCAUAAGUAUUAUAUGAAGUUACACAACAAUUAUAAAAUUUUAUUAUUUCAAAAUAUAUUUUUAAGUUAUC